AUGCGAAUCGUCUCGGUCGUCAUGAGAUUCCUAUCUUGGGCUUCAUCCCUCUCGCGUCGCUGCCGCUUUUCGGCCAACGCUUUCGCGACGCCACCACUCGUCAAAGCGAUGUGGAUUCGAUGCCGAAAUCCAUAUAAUGUUUGUGCAUUUCUCAUCGGCAUCAACGUGAUUUUGAUGAUAUUCCGCGCGAUUUUCAUUCGAGAGCCGCAGACCGACGCGAGAGCCGCUCGCGAAUGUUUCCACAAGCACACCAACACAUUCGAAUCGGAGGAUCAAUUCUUCAAACGGCUGUGGCCGACGCUGCACGAGGUCGUCGACAAAUGCGCCACCAAAUAUUUUCGGCAUCGCAUUAUUAAUUUCGGAUGGACACCGGAGACGACGAUAUCGUGGCUCAAAUGGAAUCUGGAUCUUCCCGAACACAACUGUAAUGUGGUGUUCGUUCACAAUAUGAGCCAUGUCGAGCUCGAGGUCUGGUUCAAACGCGAGUAUCCCAAAUGCAAAAUGUACUCAGUGAGCCCGAAUCAUGAGGACACAAUUCGAUACAAAAAUCCAGAAUUCUCGCCGAUUAAGAUGAAGCAUCGUUUGAAUCCGCAGGCUAGAAGCAUCAAUUGGGGUGGCGAGCAUUAUUCCCGCGAUGCCGAUUCGCUGGAUCUCGUCUACCUGCUUCACGUGCAAAUCCACAAAAUGCGCUACGACGCCCUCAACAUCUUCGUCGACGGCAACUCGCACAUCAAAUCGCUGUUCACUCGAUCGCCGUUCGACGACGCCAAUCUCGCCGCGUGCCAAGUGAACGUCUUCUACGAUCGUCCGAAGACGCGUCUCGAACGCCGCGAGUUCCGAAGCACAUGGAAACGCUUGUUGUAUGAUCGUCGGUAUCUGGUGGCAUCGGUGCAUCGCGCCAACAACGGCAAUCAAUUGCGCUUCUUCAUCCUCAACAUCAGCGAUCCCUAUUGUUGGGCGAAAUAUGUCAGCAAUUUGCCGUUCCUCACGAAGAACAUUUAA